GGAUAAACUGCAUCUCCGACCGCUUUUUCCCCCAGAUACAUAGUAGUUUUCGCCCCGAAAAUCUUCAGCGUGGCGAUAAAGCUCAAUGUGAGUGAUUUCAAGCAUUGCCGUCAUUGAGGCUGCUGGAAAGCGCGUCCGAUCUUUUGUCCUUUUGUGGGAUGGACCUGGCACCAGCGCCCAGCGGGGACAGUUCGUCGUUGAAGGAAGCGGUGAUUGAGGUGGAAGCCGUCGAUAUGACUUCCACGGAAACUGAAGAAGCAAUGAACCCGGUGAUGGCGGAGGAAGAAGAGGAGCUGGCAAAGAAAGAGGACGAGGAAGACCAGAAGUUGCUGUCCGAAUAUGAAACGGAUAGUGAGGCGGGAAGCGAUGAUUGGGAGACCCAAUCUCUAUAUGAAGAUGCGCUGCAGUUCGUCCGCGAUGAUCAGCUUCGGGAAGGAGUGCCUGGCGCUUGCACGUUAGAUGAAGCCGUUGCUUAUCGACAACGACUGCAUGAUAUUGGCAAGGCUGCCUUUGUGGAGGAGACAAUUGUCCGGGAAACUGUCAGCGCAAAGAAACUAUGCACUGCGUUCGGGAUACUUCCUCCGCCGUUUCUUGAAGGUGCCCCGGAUGAGGCGUACCAUCCUCUUCUGGCCAUGGGGAUAUCGCGCGAAUUCUCCCGGCGCCAGAAACUCCCGCAAUACAACACCAUUGAUGAUGCGGUCAAAUUGCUUAAGGAAUCUAAGAAUAUCAUCGUGCUAACAGGCGCAGGGAUCUCUACCAGUCUCGGUAUUCCUGAUUUUCGGUCCAAGGACACCGGUCUCUACUCUCAGUUGGAGCAUCUAGGACUAAGUGAUCCUCAGGAGGUCUUUGAUAUCCAUAUCUUUCGGGAGGAUCCUCGCAUUUUCUUUUCGGUUGCGAAGGACAUCCUACCUACCGAAAAUAAGUUCUCUCCGACUCAUGGGUUUAUCCGGUUGCUUCAGGAUAAGGAUAAACUCUUGACCAACUAUACUCAGAACAUUGACAACAUUGAGGCCAAUGCGGGUGUUUUUCCUGAUAAGAUCGUGCAAUGCCACGGCUCGUUUGCCACGGCCACUUGUUUCAAGUGCCAGCACAAGGUCCCAGGAGACACGAUCAUGGAAGACAUCAAGAAGGGUGCCAUUCCUGAAUGUGUCGAGUGCAAGAAGAAACUCGGUGAUGGUUUGUUGAAGCCUCAAGGAAUGAAGCGGAAGCGAAGCUCCAAUGGCACUCAGAAGAACCGCAAAGAUCAGGACAGUUCUGAGGAUGAGGACGAUUACGAACUUCCGACUCCCGGGAUCAUGAAGCCUAAUAUCACAUUCUUUGGAGAAGAUCUUCCUGAUGAAUUUGGUCGCCGUCUUGUUCAUCAUGACCGUGAACGAGUAGACCUGGUCAUUGUCAUUGGCACUUCGCUGAAAGUGGCUCCUGUGGCAGAGGUGCCCGGAGUGCUACCUCGCAAUGUUCCUCAGAUCUACAUCUCUCGUACUCCUGUUUCACAUACUGGCUUUGAUAUCGACUUAUUAGGUGACUGCGAUGUAGUAGUCUCCGAGCUCUGUCGCCGGGCAGGUUGGGAUCUGAAGCACGAGAUGAUUCCCCCAGACGAGAAAGUUGAGUCGGACCUGAAGAUAGUGAUAAGACGUGCCGCGAUGGAGUUUCUCAUUCGCUUCGCCCAGGCGCACGAGACGUUUCGACAGCCGGAGAUCGAAGCUCUGGCGUCGCUGGCUGGAUUCGAUGUCGAAUUUCUUUAUUACGAUAAAUUUUCACCAUAUGCCGUUGUAAAACUACCAGAUGAAGCAGCAGCGCGCACAGUCAUCUCCCGCAGCAUCCUAGCAAAAGACAUCUUCGUACUCUGGGGUCAAGCCACCAAUUAUGACGACCUCCACGCCGACGUCCGCAGGCGGACGUCGCACCUCUGGGAAGACCUGAAGCAAGUCUCAUUCCGAUUCACGGUAGACGCAUUCGCGGGGAAACACACCGCCGAAGAAACGCGCGAUAUCAUCCAGAGUUUCGCGUACGUGGGCUUCGAGGGUCCGGUCCGACUGAAGAACCCCGACGAGCAAUUUUGGGUGUGUGAGGAGUAUAUCUCUGAUGUUGAGGCGCCACGUUCGACGAGGUCUGCAGAGCCGAUGCCGGAAUUGACGCGUCCCAAGAGGAUUUUCCUUGGGCGGUGGUUGGCUCAUGGUAGUCGAGAUAUCAUGGGGAAAUAUGAUCUGAAGAAACGGAAGUUUAUCAGUACGACAUCUAUGGAUGCGGAAUUGACUCUAAUAACGGCUAAUAUGGCCCACGCUGCCCCUGGUAAGCUUUUCUAUGAUCCGUUCGUGGGGACGGGGAGCUUCUGCGUGGCGGCGGCGCAUUUCGGGGCGCUGAAUAUGGGCUCUGAUAUUGAUGCGCGGAGCUUCAAGGGGAAGGAUCCGGCGACGGUGGGAAAUAACAAACAGGUCCGUGAUGUGAGAACAGGUCGUUCCAUUGGGCUGCUCUCAAACUUCGAACAGUAUGGGAUUGCGAGCAAGUACAUGGACGCGUUUACGUCGGAUCUGACCAACACGCCUAUCCGUCUCGGGAAAUUUCUGGAUGGUAUCGUUUGUGAUCCUCCUUAUGGUGUUCGUGAGGGACUCCGGGUCUUGGGGACGCGUGAUGGUCGUGGUAUGGAAGAAGUUCUCAUUGAUGGAGUUCCUGCUCAUUAUCUACCCGGGUACAUUGCGCCAAAGAAACCAUAUGGUUUUGAAGCAAUGCAGAACGACAUUCUCACUUUCGCCUCUCGAACACUAGUCACAGACGGACGCCUAUGCAUGUGGAUGCCCACAUCCAACGACGAGGUGGAAUUGGUGACUCCCAUGCAUCCAGAUCUGGAGAUCGUCAAUGUGUCUGUACAGCCAUUUAACAACUGGUCCCGACGGCUUAUUACGUACCGCCGUUUGCCAGAGGGACAGGUCUCAGAUGUUUCGUUGGCACGACAAAAGGAUGACGCACAGGGUACUUAUGCGGAUGAUUUGAAUUCAUUCAGAAGAAAAUACUUCACCAAAAACGAAAAGAAGCUCGCCAAAGAGCAAGAGAAGCCUCACGACGAAUAGAUAUCACCAAUUGCAUAGACAUUCAACAAAAG